CUGUUUUUUUUUUUUUGAAAUUAUCUUUAUGGCUAAAUUAUCUUUAGCCUAAAAUGAUAGGUAAUGGUAAUGGUAAUAGAGGGAAGUGGCAACGUCGGAGGCAACAGCUGGCAAGAAUGAACACCGCACGGCGUUUCGUCAGUUUGAACUGAAUGGUUUGAAUUAUCUUCCAAACGAUUCAAGAUGUGAUAACGGAACACACAAGAAAGUCCAGUGAAAAUGGAGAGUAUUUACAAAAUCAAGAUUCGUUCCAAUCCAAAUCCUCGCGAUUUGUACCCUUCGGAACGAAGAUACUCAUCCUCGAUUGUCCUAGGAUUAAGUAUAAUGUUUCUGGCGUUGGGAGUAACCUCGUGUUUGAUGGGAACUCUUGUCGUGAAAAAAAUGACAACGAAUCACACCCAAGAAUCUUUCAAUCAAACCACUAGUAACAAUACUGAAGAGUUUCUCGAAGAGCAACGUCUAAUAAAACGAAUCGAAGAGGAUUUCUUCUCAUUUAAGAAAUCAGAAGGUCACACUAUCAACGUUCCUGCGGUCAUUUCCGCCGGCUCCUUCGUAAUGUCCUUAGGCCACCUCCUGGCAGGAUUCGCAGGAAUUCUUGCGUGGAAACAAUGGUACAUCGAUCACAAUAUCACGUGGUUCUUCCUAUCGUCCUGUUUUGCCACACUAACAUCAGCAAUUUCGUUUCUUUUAAUCAGUUUGGCCGUACUGGACACUAGAGACAGUCUACUUAAUAAAACAUCCCCAAUUAGUUUAGGCCUGACAGCGAAUAUUUUCAUAACGUCCCUUUUAGGGGUAAUUUGGUCGAUUGUUGCGACAAAUGUAGCUUUUAAGGGUAUGAAAAAUAAUUACCCCGAUGAUUUAGUGUUGUCAAAGAGUGGGAAGGGUCGGGUUGAAGUAAACACGGUGAGGAAGGGCAAUAAAAUUGCCAAAGUUGUGCCGCCCGAUAUUCUCGACCAUUUUCCCAAAACUGGAAAACUGGCGAAAUUUUUCCCGAAAAAUGAGAGCAAUGGGAACUUACCCAAAGCCGAAAGUAAUAAAGAGUACGAGGAAAGGGUCAAGAGAUUUUUGUCGGGGGAGUCGCAAAAUUGAAGGACUGAUAUUUUUUUAUUGCAUUUGACGAAGGGUUUAAGUCAACAUCGACAUUUGUAAUAUUUGAUUAGCUUUAAACAAUGUACAAUUUUUAUCACUGUUAUCAUAAAUGACUACUUUUUACUUAA